AUGAGGGGUACAGUUCCCAUUCUGCAGCCCAGCGGCUUUCAGAAGCUGGUGGAGAUGGCUGAUACCUGUCUUCAUGCUUAUUGUUUGGUCACUGCUUUCUGUGCCUUCGUCGUCACUCAGACUGGGUUUGCUGUGGAACAAUCAUCUCGUCCUAAUGCCGCAUUGUUCUUCGAAGACGAUCGGAGCUUGUUGGUUGAAGAGGCUACUGAAGCUCGGAAGCAUCUCGAUCCUUUCACAGAUCCUGUGCGACAAAAUAUUAUCAUCGCAUUCCUUCUUUAUGGGUGUCAUAUUGGUUUGGGAAAUCAAAGACAUGCAUAUUACUUCCUCCGUGAGGCUACAACGCUCUAUACCGCCAGUGCUCUCGAAAGCCAAGCCACCUCGGCGCAAGCAGACGACACGGAUCCCUCUUUGGCAGGCAACUUGUUUUGGUUAUUAAUAGUAUCAGAGAGGGCUCAUGCAAUUCGACGACACAGACCAAUCACCCUCAAGGUCACACCCCAAAGCCCGCAGUUGGAGGAUGAUCCCCGGUCAGAGGCAUCGGCUGUUGGGUUUCGCUGUUUAACUCAUCUCUAUCUCCCUUUCGAUGAAGAAUUUUUGGGUCACUGGAAUGGCACUCAUACGACGUGCUCGAUUGAAUCCCUUGUUGCCCUUGAGGAACGCAUUCGAAGCGCGGUACCUGCAGAUCUUGAUUUGCCAGAUGUAAUCAUGGCUGAUCUGAGAGUGUCUCAGCAGUGGCUACGAAUUAUGAUAUGGCAGUUAUCUACCACUGCUGGCUUUCUGUCGACCAAUCCUUCUCAUGAAUGCAUGGAUUUCCGCUACCCCUUGCUGAUUGCUCAGGAUCUCUGCCUUGCAACAUGGAAAUUGUCCCGGCAAAGUAUGGAAACUCAUGGAAUUGGGCUGAUCGAGAAGAUAUUUGAGGUUGCGUGUACCUUGAUCGACGUGAUGGCAUGCCUUUCAGCGGCUGGGCUUCGUUCUUCGGGAUUCAAGCUUGGCCCACAAGACUAUCUCAAACAUUUCUCCUCUCUAAUCUACGAUUUACCAGGAGGGCGGCGAAGAUUCCUUCCUCUUCUUUUUACCAAAAUUGGCCAAACGCUGCCUUCAAUGGUAGACCCGAUCACCAUCCAUCUGAAUCUCCUACCUAACCCAUUGCUGAGCUCAACAGACAAUAUCCAAUCUACAUCAACUAUAGCCCGAAACGAAGCUGCCAUUGAAGCUUCAGCCGAGACUGUCACUGAUUCUAUCUCUGAUGAUUGGGCGUACGGAAAUUUCAACUAUGCGGAGAUGAGCCGCAUUGGUGAUAAAACGCCAGAGAUUGAUGAAGCAUUUCUUCAAUACUCGACUUAUUUCCCUUGA